AAUCUCAAACAAUAUGAAGAUUUCUUGGUUUUCCUUUAUUUUUCUACUUGUUCUCUCAUCAGCUUCGUGGUCAGCAUUAGCUGAUAACCAUGAAGAAUUCAUCCAAUGCUUAUCUCAUAGUAACCAAACAUCCUCCAAUAUUUACACACCAAAUAACUCUUCUUUUUCAUCAAUCCUUCAAUUCUCCAUACAAAAUCUAAGGUUCAAUACAACUGAAACUCCUAAACCUCUUGUGAUUGUCACCCCAGUGAGUGAAUCCGAGGUCCAACGAGUCAUUCUUUGUGCUAAGAAAACUGGGAUGCAUGUUAGGGUUCGUGGUGCAGGACAUGACUAUGAAGGCCUUUCUUAUGUCUCCGAGGUUCCAUUCGUUAUAGUUGACCUUAUCAACCUUAGAACAAUCAAUGUUAAUGUCAAUGACAAGAGUGCAUGGGUUGAAGCUGGAUCAACUAUUGGCGAACUCUACUAUAGAAUCGCGGAGAAAAGCAAAACCCUAGGGUUCCCAGCUGGUGUUUGUCCAACGGUUGGUGUUGGUGGACAUUUUAGUGGAGGAGGUUAUGGUGUUAUGUUGAGAAAAUAUGGCCUAGCAGCUGAUAACAUUGUAGAUGCACGUUUGAUCAAUGCCAAUGGGAUAAUUCUUGAUAGGGUGUCCAUGGGGGAAGAUCUAUUUUGGGCAAUUAGAGGAGGUGGUGGUAAUAGCUUUGGACUUGUCCUUGCAUGGAAGAUCAAAUUGGUAGAUGUUCCUGAGAAAGUAACUGUUUUCACACUUGACAAGACAUUGGAACAAAAUGCCACUAAGCUUGUUCAUAAGUGGCAAUAUGUUGCACCAAGAUUCCAUGAAGAUUUGUUCAUUAGGAUCUUGGUUAGUAGAUUGAACUCAAGUAAUCAAGAUGGUAACAACAAACAAACAAUUGUAGCUUCAUUCAACUCCAUAUUCCUCGGUGGUAUAGAUCGAUUACUUCCCAUCAUGCAAGAAAAUUUCCUUGAAUUAGGGUUGAGAAGAGAAGAUUGCAUUGAGAUGAGCUGGAUAGAGUCUAUACUGUACUUUGCAGGACUCCCAAGAGAUGGAUCUCUUGACGUCUUGCUAAGUAGGGUUCAACUUUCAACGCGUUACUUCAAGGCAAAAUCAGACUACGUGUAUCAGCCAAUUCCAGAGGGAGGUCUCGAAGGAAUAUGGAGAUUCUUCUUUGAAGAUGAAGCUAAAUCAUCUCAAGUGAUCUUGAGUCCAUAUGGUGGAAGGAUGAAUGAGAUUUCACCAUCUGCUAUCCCGUUCCCCCAUAGGGCUGGGAAUUUAUACAAAAUCCAACAUUUGGUGUAUUGGGAUGAAGAAGGGGAAGAAGUAGCUGAGAGGCAUAUAAGUUGGAUAAGAAGGCUUUAUUCUUACAUGGCUCCUUUUGUUUCUAAGUUUCCAAGAGCUGCUUAUAUCAACUAUAGAGAUCUUGAUAUUGGAGUGAACAACAUAAAGGGAUAUACAAGCUAUGUGCAAGCUAAGGUUUGGGGGAUUAAGUAUUUCAAGAAUAAUUUUGAUAGAUUGGUUCAUGUGAAGACUAAGGUGGAUCCUUCAAAUUUCUUUAGGAAUGAACAAAGCAUUCCUUCACUUACUUGGUAGAAGAAGAACAAAGGUGAAUGAAGUCCAUCAUUAUACAAAAAAUAAUAAGAUACAUGUUAUUAUUUAAUUAAUUAAGUACAUAUAUAGUUUCUCUUCAUUGUUUGUAUUUUUAUAA